GGUUCGCGGAUCUCUCUUAGCCAGGUCUUACUCUGUACACCUAAUAGUGCGUCUGCCAAGCGGGUGCGAACGCCUGGAGCUGCGGGCUUUGGUGGAGCUUGGACACUACUACUACAUUACCUUACCGAAGUAGGUACAUGUAUAGGUAAGGUAGGUACCUGAGGUAUUUUGAUGAGGAUACAUCAAUGUCAGCUUCAUUACUCACUCCACCUUGAUGGUCGGCGUCUUUGCCGGCGUGCAGCUGGCCGUCGCCCUUUCCAUCCUCCUGCCGUCGAGGCGCAUUCGCAUCACUCACACCGCCACUCUGGUUGAGGCACCCAACAUGCCGUGUAGCUCGGCAUCUCGCCAUUCUCACGCCGACAACCACCGGCCGGAGCCGACAGACACCAUGGCAGUACAAAUGCGUCAGUACGUUGCCGAGAGCCGCUGUUCUAGAUAAUCUCCACUGUUAAUACCUUCGUACUUCUUCGGCCUGCUGGCAUCGUACGUGGACGGGAUCGCAUCAAUGAAGCGAUCAAAAUUGGGGUUACAGAAAUAGGCAAUCGAGUAUCGAGCGGGGUGCACAUCUGCUGUUGAGGGUGGCUCCACCACGCGAUGCUUGGUGCUCUUGAUGGUAUCAUUGCUCCACCGCGCGAGGAGAUCACCUGCAUUCACCACAAUGGCGUCUUCGAUGGGUGUGGCAUCGAUGUAGUUGCCGUUUGGACUGAGCACCUGCAGCCCACCACGCAUAUCCUGAAAAAGACACGUUAUACUACCAUAAUCCGUAUGCGCCCCAGCCCUCACCGUAUUCCUAUUCUUCCUAAACACCUCCGCAUCCACCUCGGGAUAAUGCAACAACCGUAACGUAUUAUCCCCCGCAUCCGUAUACCCAUCAAACCAAUACCCAUCAAUCCCCAACCCCACCGCAAUCGCCCUCAUAAUUUGCACAUGCAAUUGCUUCACCAAUUCAAAAAAUUCCAACAUCUCCCUCUUGAACACUUUCCCCUCCCCCUCCUCCUCUUUCCCCUCCUCAUCGAACCGAUCCGGCCACAAAUUCUCACACCCCUCCUGAUCCACCCCUUCCCUCCCAAUCUCAAAUGACUCCUUCAAAUCCUGUCCCUCAGCCAUUCGAAUCCUUUGAAUUUCCUCCGGAUCUGUCGCAUCUGUCGUUUUCUCUCUUCCUGGUUGACUAUAUCCUCGAUUAGCUUUCGGGGUCGUCCAUCCCAAGGCCAAUUUCUGCUCUGGGGGUCGCUGGAAGAAUUUCGCCGAAAGAGAGAAUGCUUGGCGGAUUUUUUCGCGAGGGAUUCCGUGGUUGAGGAGGUAGAUGAAGCCGGAGGUUUGGAAGCCGUGUAGGAUGGCGAGGGCCGUGGGGAGUUUGGAACUCGAGUCCUUUUCUGAGUCUUGGACGACGGGAUGUAAGAAGGCGCUGAAGUCUAUGAGGGGAAUUUCGAGAUUGUCGUGAGAUACUGCUGAUGUCGCUGCUGGCUGUGUCAUUGUCCUUGCUCUGUGCUUGCUUGCUUGUCUAAGUCGGAUUAGAGCUAGCUGCGCACACCUUUUAGUAGAACAGCUUACUCAAGUUCGGAUUCGCCGCAGCAACAGGAGCAGUGUCAAAUAGUGACGAGAAGCCUGUCUUGCUAUCCGACUUUUCGAAACAUCGGACAGCCACAGAUGAAUUGCCAAGGCCCGGAAGCCUGAACAAACCAACAUCUUCAAGAAGUCGCCCAACAUGCCGACAGUCGAUGUACAUACCCAUAUGUACCCACCAGCACUCAUGUCCGUCCUGCGAGACCGACAAGCCGUGCCCUAUGUGCGUCUCUUCCCGGACGACGUUGCAUCCGGAGAUCGCCUGGUGAUUCUCCCCGCAGAAGAAUCGGGCUCAACAGCUCGAGGCAGACCCAUUGGACCCGAGUACUACGAUGUUGCCAAGAAGAUUGAAUUCAUGGAUGCUCAUGGAAUCGAUAUCUCGGUCGUCUCCAUUGCAAAUCCGUGGUUGGAUUGGGUGGCAAAGGAUGAGGCGAGUGAGAUGGCCAAACUGGUGAAUGAUGACGUGGAAAAGAUGUGUCGGGAGCACGAAGGCAGGCUGUUCCACUUUGCGACGCUCCCCUUGAGUGCUGAUGUGGCGGAUGUGGUCAAGGAGGUGGAGAGAUUGAAGAAGCUGAAAUUCUGUCGUGGCAUCGUCAUGGGAACCAGUGGCCUAGGUGAAGGUCUCGAUGACCCCAAGCUGGACCCAAUCUGGCAGGCGAUAGAACAGCAACAAUUGCUGGUGUUCAUCCAUCCCCACUACGGAUUACCGAGUGAAGUGUUUGGUCCACGAAGUGGUGACUAUGGCCAUGUCUUGCCGUUAGCGAUGGGAUUUCCCCUUGAGACAACAAUCGCAAUGACAAGGAUGAUCCUGUCAGGUACAUUCGAUCGUUUCAGAGAUCUGAACAUGUUGUUAGCACACAGCGGGGGAACAUUGCCCUUCUUGGCUGGCCGAAUCGAGAGCUGUAUUGCGCAUGACGCCCACCUGAAGAAGGGGGGCAUGAUCGAGAAACGCAGAGAUAUAUGGGAGGUCCUGAAGAAGAACAUAUAUCUCGACGCUGUGAUCUACGCCGAUGUUGGCCUGAAGGCAGCUAUUGAUGCUUCUGGCGCCGACCGAAUUAUGUUCGGCACUGAUCACCCAUUCUUCCCUCCCUUGGGAGAGGACGAGGACCAAUGGCUGAGCGUGACCUCGAACAUGAGCGCUAUCAAGUCGGCCUUGAGUGGGGACGAGAAAGUCGAGCAGGACAUACUGGGCGGCAAUGCUGUCAGAGUAUUGCGCCUCACCGCGUAAAUCGCCACACCGGAGGCCCCCUCGCGACGAUGAAGGAUCGAGGAAGUGUUGGCUCAACGCGGAUCAAAGCCUGCUUUUCGGUCAGCAUGAAACCUACCAAGCCCCAGAAGAAUCAGCAAAUGAACAUACGUUCUUCGUCAAGUCUGGUCUCCUCGGCCCAACUCUCCCGCACCCAAUCCUCACUGACAAUUCUGGGCUGCUGAGUCUUGGAAGAAAUAGCUCGACGUAUCUUAGCCACAUCGUCACUGCCUGCCGGAACCACCACGUGGGUAAGAUUGCGCUCUUGUAAUGAGUCCGCAAUCAUACCACCUGCAAAACUGUAUAUACGCUUGGUCUCAGGGCGGGCGUCCUCGAAGAACGCUAUAGUCCCAAAAAACAUUAGUGCAGUCACUGCGUCUAGCCCGUGGCCAUGCUCGUUGAACUGCUGGAGCACCCCGGAAGGCUCAAAAUCGUCUUCAAGUUUCGUAGGCAUUUCCUUGAACAAGGCAAGAAGAUCUUGAGCGGUGACGUCUCGCGCAUAGCUAUCACCAAAUUCAUCCACGUUGUCGUCGAACUUGCCCUCGUCUGCCGUGUGUGUAAACUCGAGGUGGUGCGGCUCCAGCGGUAGCAGAUGAGCCGGUCGCCCAGCGUCAAGCUCACUUUGCUUGAUGCAGUCGAGCAGCCAACAAGGCCUGAUGAUGUUCCGGUUGUUAUUCUUCUUAAUCGAAGCCACCCUCACAAGGUUGCGGUCUGCAAUGAGGAUAGUAUCUGGGUCGUUCGGUGCUGCAACAAUCUGGCCACCGUUUGCUUUCACCAUUUGCUCCAAUUCCGCUUUGCUCUUCUUCAGGGGCUUCCCUGCUUCGGUCAUGAUGCAAAACGCCAAUCCUUCGAACACCUGUGUUGCGGGUCCGGCGUAGGCUGUCUGUGUGUCGCACUCCUGUCCUUGUAUCACGAGUUCUCGCUUCUGUCGCUUCGUCGUACGCUGCUUCCUUGAUUCGUCAACCUUGAGCUUUUUGUCGUGCUGUUGGUCCUCUGCAUUGUAUUUCAAGGUCAUGAACUCAUCGUAGGACAGGGCUUGCGCCCAGCUCUUGUCAGUGCGGAGUUUCUUGAAUCGGGGAAAUCGCAAGGUAAAUUUGGUCCUGAACUGGUCUGAUUGCUCGACGGAGGCUGCUUUGACGGAUACGACAACGGAGUCUUCCGGUUUGAUCCACUGGUCUGGUUUCUCAUGCUGACGAUCACCGCCACCCAAUUCAAUCCACUCAGUGGGUGGUUUCUUCCGAUCCCAGUCUUUCCACUUGCCGUCAGUCUCAUGUCGGAUUUGCGCGUAGUCUGACGCGCUGAAUCCUCCACCGACCUUAAAGAAAGACCAGGUCUUUUGAGGAUGAGCAUGCGGCUCUAGCCCUGCUCGCCACGCCGACGGAAGAUACAGUCCACACAGGAAGCUGCUGUGAUGGCCGCCUCUCUUUCCAGACCCGAAGUAGCCACCCACCACGAUGCAGUCCAAUGAUUCGCCAAACUCUGUCAUGUAUUCUGGCUUUACCUUGAUCCAGUCAUCGUUACGCUCAUUCAGGCGGUACUCGGAGCGAGGGUUCUUCAUCACCAGGCCCUCACUUGCCUCGGCCACAGCUUGUCGAAGCUCCAGCUCAACAUCCGCGGCUGUUUUGCACUCGAGGUAUUUGUGAAUUUCGAGACGUCGGUGGACAUCAGUGAUGCUCGCCUCCAGUGCCGCUCGGCGAUUGCGCAAUGUGUAUUGUGUCAAUGGCUUGUCAUUCAGAUAGAGGCAGUCAAACACCCGGAACAGGGGCCUAUGCCCACCAGCGAAUGGGUUCUGCUGCUGCUCAAUUGCCGCUGUUUUCAACGUGCCAAAGCCAACGAUGCAGUCCUCCUGGGCAUCCCAAGUAAUCAUCUCUCCAUCGAGAAUGAUAUUUCGCACGCCACUGUUGAAAGCGUCCUUGAUGUGCCGUGUCAGCGCUGCGUCGUCGUCCUGAAAUCCACUGCCAUAAAGAUAUGUAUAGUCCUUUGCUUUGCGUGACCAGAAGCAAAAUCGCACGCCGCCUGGCUGCUCAUCGUCCUCAAUCAUGUGCAAUUGUAUACGCUCACCAUCGAGCUUUUCUUCAAUCCAGAAAAUGGGAUCCUCGUCUGUCGGAUCCAUUCUCGCUAUCAUCUGCUCGAAUGUUUUCAUUUGAAACGCGGCCAGCUGAGGCUGGAAGCAUUGCAUCAACGAGAUUCCCCGACUAUCACCCUCGAGUCUGACUUUCUUGUCAUGAAGCUCCCAACAGACGCGACGCAGGCUGCUCGAUAUAUUGAAUAGGUUGUCGGCAUCUGGGUGCCAGAGUUCGAAGAAGGUCUUCUCUGUGGCACCAACUUUCAUUUGUCGAAGGAUAAUGCGUAUCAGCCACAUCAAUUCCUCGGCAUUCAUCCUGGAGUAGAAUUCUUCCAAGAUAGGUCGCUGGUUCUCUUCUUUCUGUGCCACAGAAAGCCUAUCCAGUCGCUCAUUGACUUCGGCGACGGACAUAUCACCAGGUUCGGAACGCAUGGGUCGCUUGCUAAUGGCAUCGAAGCAUCGUCCCGCGAAGUCGCCCGUGGUCGCGCUCGUUGACUUGACUCCAGGUAAUUUCCAGUGCGUCAAACUAUAGCCAUCGUCGCUGUUCUUGUCAAUCUUGAGGAUCCUGAUGAGCAUCUUGCCCAAAGUCAUUUCCUUGAGGCCGUACAUGCCUCGGUCUCGAUCCUUUUCUGGCACGAUGAGACGGAAUGCGGGAUAAAUAUCAUCACCGACCUCUUUCCGCCAUCUUCCGAUGAAGCGAUCGAUAAUUUGACGACGGACUUCAUUAGGAGCCUGACUGGGCCCUCCAUGAGGUCCCAAUUUCC